AUUUCUCUCUUCUUAGGAAUACUUUGCUCGGACGAUCUUUCGAUUAGAGCAUAUAACCAUGAGAUCUCUCUCUUGGCUUCUCUUUACGAUUUUCAGUUUGUUAUCGUCGUGUUUAGUGCUCGUGAGAACUUCAGAAACCGACGGAGUCGAGACCCAAGAUAGCGCUUCAAUACCCGGUCAUCUAGAACCGCUUGGUUCAAGAAACACAAAGCACUCUUUGGAAGUAAUCCAGAAUUAUCCCGACCCAAAAACCUUCUUUGAGACAUAUGUGGUUCCUAGCAAGCCAGUUCUCAUUCAAAACGCCGCAAAAUUGUCGACAGCCUUUUAUAAAUGGAGUGAUGAAUACUUCUUGUCUCGUCCCGAAGCGAGCAAAGAGAAAAUACAAGUAGAGAAAAGAAAGAAAGAGGAACGGACAGCACCUUACGAGGAAAUUCCCUUCAGCGAAUUCGUUGAGGGUUACAAGGAGAAAGAUAUCUAUAUGGUGAGCUCUGUUCCCGAGUUUAUGAAAAGCGAUGUUCUUCUUCCCUCUCCUUUGUUGUGCCGUGAUGUAACAGAAACGUCAGACAUGUUAACUGAUGCUGUGAUGUGGUUUAGCAGCGGAGGAACUAAGUCUGUUCUACAUUUUGACGAUGGACUGGAAAACAUCAACUGCUUGUUUGCUGGAACAAAGGAAUUAUUAUUCAUAGAUUAUCACAAGUAUAAACAUGUGGUUCCCAUCGACUUCCCGGAAGGAAGAUACUCUGGUGUUGAUGUUGAUAGGUUUCACCAAGUUCGUUCAUAUGAUCGCAACAUAGCAGUUAAUCUAUGGUGGCAGCAUAAAGCAAACUUCGUUCCAAAGGAUUGUGAAGGAAUGGAACAAAAUCAAACCCUGGAAAAAUUUACGUUCACCACUCUAGAGAAACUCAUCGAACAACCAGAGGAAACUUUGAUGAAUCAUUUGAAACACUUUCUCAGCAAGAAUGACCACAUUUCAUUCAAGACAUUUGUCAAAAAACUAAGAAAGGAUCCUUAUUUUGGUAAUAAUAACAUCUUGACGUGGACCGAGGACAUGAAAUCAACAACCAAAAAGCUCUUCAAAUUGAUGGACACAGACGAGGACAAGUCUUUCUCUUCGGCUGAUCUUGAAGAACUAGUAAAAGCUGAUGAUGAAACCAUACGCGCCCUGACAAAUGAAUACUUCAGGCUUGGUGACCUGAUGGAGCACGCUCAGGAGAAACUUCAAGAAAACAAUGAGUUGUAUGAAGAGGAUUAUGAAGACGGUGCAGGAGAUGGAGAUUAUGACAUUCAGCCAGUGAAAAGGUCUGGAAAACAAAACUCCAAAGAGGAACUUUGAGGAACAGUUUAGAUAUGAAAUAAACAACUUUUUCAUAGCA